AUGUUGGGUAUUCCUCUACUGACGGAUUACAUCAAUAAGGUGGUAAAACCAGAAGAUGUUGCUGAUUCUGUCGACUAUCUCAACUAUUAUUGUACAUCACUGCUAUUGGCCUUAGCUGCCUUUGCUAUAUCAGCAAAACAGUAUUUUGGAUCACCAAUCCAAUGUUGGGUUCCAAUGGAAUUCAGAGGUUAUCUUUUUUUUUCACUGUUUUCUGAGUCGAUUCUUAAAUUCAUUUUGUAA